AUGGAAGCAAAGCCGCGUGAAAGAACUUUCAUCAUGGUAAAACCCGACGGCGUUCAAAGAGGCCUCAUUGGGCCAAUCAUAACACGGUUUGAAAAUAGGGGUUUCAAAAUGGUUGCCCUCAAAUUAAUGAGCCCGAAGAAAGAUAUGCUACUAGAACACUAUGAGGAUUUGAAAGAUCGACCGUUCUUUUCUGAACUAGUCACUUAUAUGCAUUCAGGACCUGUUGUACCAAUGGUUUGGGAAGGCGAAGAUGUUGUGAAGAUAAGUAGACAAAUGCUUGGAGCUACUAACCCUGCGGACUCUAAACCAGGAACGAUAAGGGGAGAUUUCAGUAUUGAUAUAUCUCGCAAUGUAAUACACGGCUCCGACAGUGUAGAGGCCGCUGAUAAAGAAAUCUCGAUUUGGUUUGCUGAACAAGAAAUUGUUAAUUGGAGAUCGAUUGAUGAAGACUGGAUUUAUGAGUAG